AUGGAGGAGAUGGAUGUGAAGAUCAUGCUUAGAGCGGUGGAGCUGGGUGAGCAGGGACGACGAAUCACAGCUCCGAAUCCGUGGGUGGGAGCGAUUGUGGUUGAUGCUGAUGGCAACGUGCUUGGCGAGGGCUUCCACAAGGGCCCUGGCUGCCCGCAUGCGGAGGUGGAAGCUUUUCGGGAUGCAGAGGCCAAUGGUGUCACGGACUUCUCUGAGACAACUAUUUACAGCACGCUGGAACCCUGUCAUCGCGGCCCGGGCAAGCGCACCGGGCCCUGCGACGAGUUGGUGGUCUCGAAGGGCGUGAAAAGAUGUGUCAUAGGUCAUGUUGACCCGGACGAGAACUUUGGCGGUGCUGGUGUGAAGUUUAUUCGAGAUGCUGGGAUCCAGGUAGAUGUUGGCAUUGCGGAGGAGCCAGUUCGCCGUUCCUUCCGGAGUUACUUACACCACCGUCGGACAGCAAGGCCGUAUGUUGUCCUGAAGAUUGCAACCAGCUUGGAUGGCCGAGUGGCAUGUGCAGACAAAACCUCCCAGUGGAUCACCCAGGCACCGGCAAGACAGGAUGCACACCGGCUUCGUGCCGAGUCGCAAGCAGUGCUUGUUGGCAGCGGCACGGCUCUUGCUGACAGGCCGAGUCUCACUGUUCGCUUGGACGGAGAGCCGGCCCCUGCCAAGCCACCUCUGCGUGUGGUCCUGGACUCGAAAGGCCAAGUGACCGACGGUCCACUGAUGGAGACCUCCACUGCGCCUACACUCAUCUUCACGAGCCAUGAGCGCUGCAGCGAGAUGGCGAAGGAGAGGUGGCGUUCCUGCGGCGUGGACUUCUGCGAGGUGCCCUUAGUCGACGACCAUCUCGACCUUGAUGCCGUGCUGACUGCUCUGGGCGCCCGGGGUGUCCUGCAGCUGAUGGUCGAAGGCGGCGCCGUGCUGCAGGGACAGCUGCUGCAACGAAACUUGGUACAGGAGCUCCGCGUUUACUUCGGUGCUACAAUGCUCGGCUCCACCGCGCAGGCGUGGGCACAGACCCCUCUGACCUCCACCAUCAAGGAGGCACGUUUCUGGACAUUGCGAGGCCUGCGCCAAGUGGGCAAUGAUGUCUGCCUUGAGUACGAGCGGGUGGAAAACUCGAGCGCCUGA